CCAGAAUAGCGCAGGGUCAAGGAGGUUUUAAGGGAGAUACGAGAUAAGGGAGAUGCAGCGAAUACCAGACUGAGACCGCCUGGUUUUGGAAUAAUAAUUUUAAAAAACGCUACCCUCCUUUUGCACUCUGUGAUGCUAGGAGAGAGAAUCUCAGAAUGGCUGACUAUGUGAAGCUGGAUGAGGAGAAGUUUAUCCCAAAGUCAGACAUCUUGUCUAUGCUCAGGACCUACAACUGUUACCAUGAGGGGAAGAGCUUCCAACUCAGACACAGAGAGGAGGAGCAAGCACUGGUCGUCGAGGGGUUGUUGAAUAUCUACUGGGGUCUGCGGCGACCAAUCAGACUGCAGAUGCACGACGACAACGAGAGACUCCACUAUGGAGGAGUCAACAGGAAUGAGAGAACCCAGGUUCUUCAAAAGCAGACAGAAUCUAACAACAACAUACUCGACAGAACUACUGACCCUGCCUUGACCAGUAGUCUGGAGGAGGAUGAUGAGGAGGUCCCCCAGCUGCUGCGAACCAGGAGUGAUGCCUCCUUCAUGGGGGUCACCAGAAGGUCAAAGACACACUCACACUCCGACCUGCAGCACUUACGCUCACACAGAUUCUCCAUCAAUGGACACUUCUAUAACCACAAGACAUCAGUAUUUACUCCAGCGUUCGGGUCGGUCACUAACGUCCGAGUCAACAGCUCCAUGACAACACUACAGGUCCUCAACCUGCUGCUACAAAAGUUCAGAGUGGAGAAUAAAUCAGAUGAGUUUGUUCUCUACAUGGUCCAUGAGUCUGGUGAAAGAACCCCAUUGAAGGACAGUGCGUAUCCUCUGGUGUACCGUGUGCUUCAUGGACCCUGUGAGAAGAUCUCCAAAAUCUUUAUUAUGGAGACGGAUCUUGGGGAGGAGGUCACACAUGACGUGGCUCAGUACAUUAAUUUUGAGAUGCCAGUCCUGGAUAGCUUUGUAGAGAAACUGAAAGAGGAAGAGGAGAGAGAGAUUUCUAAACUGACCAGAAAGUACAGCGCACUGAAGUCCAUGAUUCUACAGCAGCUGGAGGGCAUCACUGACACUACUGUCUGAGUGUGUGUGUGUGUGUUCACAGGACCAUUACACUGUUACAGUGAGAGGAAGUCAAGCGGAUUGUUUGAGCACUGAGACCUUUCUUCAUGUACAACUACAGUUGAACCAUAGCAUGUAUAGCUUUUUCUAGUAAUGAAAACUACAGACAUGUUGAAAGCUUUCUACCGUAGUGAAUGUAAUGUAAACAGCAAUAAGAAUGCAAUACUGCCACAUCUUGCAUCAAUGUUUGUCACUUCGCAAAUUAACUGUAUUCAUAGAAUUUGUCACUUUUUUGCUACUGUAUUGUCUAUGAUUGAAUACUUUCCAUUGAUCUUGUUGUUUACUAUCGUUGGUAAAAUACUGAUUCCUGUGUGUCUUAGAGGUCAAGGUCUUCUAAAACUGAGCUUUCCUCGAAAGGCAACAUUUCUGUCAAGGCCAAUUUCUAAUUUAGCCACUGUAACAGAUUAUAAGAGAGCUACAGGGCGUGCAGGCUUUUUUUCCCCAGCUCUGCAUGUCUCCAGCACCAGAGUUGGAAACCCUGACCUAAACUUGUGUUCACAUAACUAUGCUACAGGUUUCUGCAGGGUUAGCAGACCUGUAAGGCCCAUACUGUAUUUUACCACACAGAUAAAACACACACACACACACCUCAUUGUUCUCCCACAGAAAGGGGUAGAGUUAAAGCAGAGUUAGUAUUGUUCUGAGAGUGAGUGACCUUCUCCACCUGUGUGUGUGUGUGUGAGAGAGUUGGUCACGCCAGUCCUUUAUUCUGUUACAGUAGUUGAAUCAGAACAGACUGUUUACAGGAUGUAUGUCUCAUCAGAGAGGUUAGAGGUUUUGUUCCAUUCUGUUCUAAUAAAUACUGUAACUCUAAUAGGA